GUAAAUGUCAACAUGUUAUUACCGAUUGACCACCGUAGACCUAUAUAAAGCCGCUAUUGAGUGAACGAGAAACAGUAUCCAAUACAAUUCCGGACAAGAAUGUACAAGUUCUUCUUCUUAUUGGUGACUUGUACCACGGUCGUCCCUGGUUGGGCCCGUUUUAAUCCAGAAAAAUUUGUAACCCAUCAUGAAAAUAAAGCAUUGGGAGUUUGCUCCAGUCUCUUCCCUGACCAAUAUUACAAAGAUUGCUUCGAGCUAGGUGGUAAAUGUUAUUGCCAAUUCGAAGCCGCGCCGUAUGAAGACGCCGGCACCUGGGAGGGAAAACAAAGAUUAUGCUCGCAAGAGAACAUGACGAUAUUGGCUAUAGAAACUCCAGAGGAAGACAAACUGAUCUACGAUUAUUUUCAAAAACAUCACGACUUGAAAUACAGUGAAGACUACUAUUUGACGGCUGGCAAAUAUUCUGAAACCUACCAGCGAUGGGAGUGGAUUUCUGAAUGGCGAGACGGAAAUUCUUAUGAAAAUGAAACGACGACAUUACCCCCGCCAGCACCCGGCCAGCCAAUAACCUACACCAAUUGGUAUCCGGGUCAACCAAGCAACGUCGAAGAUGGUAACCGCUGUCUCGGUCUCAUGUUUUUCUACGGUAUCCCUUACGAAGGCGGAUAUUGGGACGACAUUGAUUGCGAUUAUAUAUCAAUUCAUGGUAAUUAUCAAUUUAAUCUGUUUAUCUGCGAAUCAGUUGAUUAAACCGGGUUAUAUUGACAUCCCACUGCACUACUAAAAGACCCCAUUUCUAUUGCAGCAUUAGAUUACCCCCAAAAAAUUUUUAAAAUGAGUUUCCCCUUUGAAAUUGUGUUUGUAAUGGAUGAUAAACAUAUAGCCGCCCUCUAAAUCAAUUACUAAAAUACACUUUAUUCCAAAAAACCCACUCAA